AUGAUGAAGCCAAAACAACGAUGGUGUUCUGGUGGAGCUGGGGACGGCAUGGUCGCAACUGAGGAUGACAGGCGAAGCUAUGGGAGGCAGCCAUGGAUGGGGUGUGAGGAAAGCUUGGAGAAGAAGAAGCAAAGGGAAGGGGGGGCGGAUGUGUUCUUUAGGAGGACGAGUAGGGGUAGGCAAAAGAUUGAAAUGAAGUAUGUCGAGUCAAAAGAAGCACGCUAUGUUACCUUCUCAAAAAGGAAAGCGAGCUUGUUCAGGAAAGCGGAUGAGUUUUCUACUGUGACGGGAGCAGACGUUGGUGUUCUGCUCUUUUCACCAAGUGGAAAACCAUGUUCCUACACCUCCACUAGUGUUGAAAAAAUAACAGAAAAAUUUCGGGAAUGGAAACAACAGAAUGCUGAUGAGGGAAAAUCAAGUGUCUUUCAGGCAUUUGAUGAUCUCUGCAAAGAUAUACAAGAUGAGAACGAGAAGGCAAAAAGUCGGGAACUGAGGUAUAAGGUCAUGUACCCUGGCGCUGAAAUACCGGCUGAUAAAGAAAGGUUGGAGAAGUUUAUGGAAAUGAAGCUGCGGUUGGAAAAUAUUAAUGAAGCAACAAAGAAUCACAUUCGAGCUGAGCGACUCAAGUUUGAUUUAAAUGUUGUCCCUGAAUAUGAAGUGGGGGAGAGUUCGGGAACUCAUCAUUAA